AUGAAGAUACGAUAUUUCACCUCGCUGGCCAGGAAGAUACAUCCACCACUUCCCAAGACCUCACGCGAGUCCCAGCAGCUGCUUAACCUGCUCACUUCAUCGUUUCGUCGCCACCUUGACAGCGAGCACCCUCCAGUCAAUACCUUGACCAGCAGCGGAAACGACGCCAGCCAGGACUGCAGCAUUGCCAAUACACAGCCUACAGCCACUGAAAAACAUUUAAACUCGAUCCUGGAGCAUCCCUUGUUCAAUACGGUCCCGUCGACGCUGGCACAGCCGGAUACUCACGCACGAAAGCGUACUCUGGUUGGGAAUAUACAGAAUGACCCCUUCGGUGCACUGGACGAUGCCAUGGCCUCUGGCAGAGCGGACUGCCAGGUACUACACAACUGUCUCAAGGCGCAUAGGUCGUCUCUGCGCAGCUUACAUGCCACGGAUGUCCUUCAAGCCAUGAAGAAGUCUGGAGGUGGCCCACGCAUCGUCUCCUGGUUCCUCGGUGCCGAUGCAGAGUCUAAGAAACGUUUCUUUGGAAAUCGACACACCAUGGCCCUAGCAAUGCCAUAUCUUGCAGCAGACGGCCUGCAGCGUACUGUGCUAGAAUGGUUACAGCUUGCCAGAGCAUAUCGGCCCACUCACCGGCAACCUAAACACGCUAAUGACGGCAGUUUCCUCGAGUUCAACAUCAUGUACGAGUACGUUGCUGCAGAAGUCAAGUACGGCAAAGGGAUCAAUGAUGCGCUAUCCUUUUUCAUACGGGCCUCAGACGCUUCGUGGAGGUCAGAGAUAGUCGAACCUGGCGCUCAGGCGGUUCCCACAUACCCUUUCCGCCCAACCGCAUACUACCUUGCCCAGUGGAUUUUAGCCCCAGAACAUGCGUCAGCGGUUGAACGGAUCAGGCCACAGCUAUUCAACGCCUUUCACUCCAUCUGCCUCUUACUACCUAAUCAGCUUUGGGCGGCCUUCUUACCCGUCUAUCAUCCCACCGACCCAACUGUUAAAUCUUCACUUGAAUAUAUCCGCCAAUACAAAAAGUCAGAUUGCGAUAAUCUUGACCGUCUGCUACAUCUUUCAUUCCGGCUUGCAUCGUUGUGCCUUGAACAGAAACGUUACGCUGCCGCUUCGGAGGUCAUUAGCUUUACGAAGGGCCUCUUGCCAGAUGAUACGACGAUCCACCCUACUGCAGACAAGCAGCAUAACGAUCAGGUGUUUUCUGCUAGUGAUGUUGUCGCCAGGCUAUCUCUCACAUGA